AUGAUCAAUCAACAAGACAACAUUUCUGCAUCACCUUCUCUCACUAGCAAUAACAAUCAUCAGAGACCAAUCAGCACACCCGAUGAUCGUCCAACAACUGUUAACAUUCCAUCACAAAUUAGUCAAAAUUCUAACCGACCAGUGGUUGCCCCAAUUUCUUCCCAACAGCACAAGGAUACAAAGUAUAUUAUGGUGGCUGAUAUUGCCUCUGCAAAGAUUUUUGCAAAUAUUAUGCACUGUAUUUGUUCCGAUAAGAAGAAGGAAGAUGCUUGGGUGAUUUGCGAAAUUAUGGAGGAAGGAAUUAAAUUCUACAUUCAAGACAAAUCAAUUCAAGGAGUUGCUAGUAUGAAGAGGGAUAUUUUCCAAAAUUAUAUUUAUAAUGGUGCAGCACAUGCAAAAUAUUCAUUCGAAAUUAAUGUACAAAUCUUGAUUCAAUGUUUGAUUUUAUACGGAGCUAAUUCAUCACAAGGAACAAUUGUGAAACUUUGUUAUCCUGGUGUUGAAAAUACAUUAUCAUUACUUUUGGGAGAAGAACGUGUAGUAACAGAUUGUAAUAUUAAGAUUAGGCAUGGAGCAGAACCUUUAGAUUUUGAAUUCAAAGGUUCUGAAGAAACAUGUAAAAUUGUUUUAAAGAGUGAAGUUAUGACUGAUGCUCUUUCAGAAAUUGAUUGGCUUGCAAAGACUAUGGAAAUAGGUGUUGAAAUGGAUGUCCAAGAGCAAGGUGAGGACCAAGUUGCCAUAACUUUACCAAAAGGAAAAUUAUUUUUCAAAACAGUUGAUAAUGUGAUUGGAUCUAUGGAUAUUAUUAUUCCAAGUACAAAUGAGGGUGUAUGUUCCUUUGAGGUAAAUCACACCCAAAUGAGCGUAUUUAAAUUAUCUCAUAUUCAACAAGCUUUAAAGGCUUUACCACAUUCUGAUAGAGUUUGUAUUAGAAUGAAUGAACAAGGUUUACUACAAUGGCAAUUCAUGGUUCGUGCAACUGAACCAAUAACCUAUGUAGAUUACACAAUGCUACCAAUUGAUGCAGAAUUAGAAGAUACAGAUUCCACCUUCUAA